CAUUCAUAAAAUUUGACGCGCUGCAGAGAACAAGUUAUAUUACGUUUGACUGAAGGAUAUCGAACAGUCUACACAAACACCUGCCAAGUGACUACACGGUUUUUCAUACGUGAAGGAAGUUAAAUCAUUUUCUAUUGUUUUAAAAGUGGACAUUUAUAAUCCAUGGCACUAAUGGAAGAAGACAUUGAGUUUUUAGAAGAUCAAAUCGUCCCCGAUCAAGAUGAUCUAUUUCUGCCUCCAGCAGAAGUCACAUGGAAUGUCAAAUCCGUGGAUUUUGAGAAGUACCUGCAUCUAAAUGAUCAGGGACCAGCGGCCAAGAAGCUGCGCCGCGAGAGCUCAUCACUCGUGGACGAGUUCUUCAAGGAUGAAAACAAAGACAAUCCAGAGCUCCAAAGCGCCAAGCAUAUGGUCAACCAAGGCUUUUUGGGAAGGAAGCGCUUCAUGGACCUGAAUAACUUAAGAACCGGACUGUACAACCCUCCAAAGUCCGACGGAUUCCGGCGCGAGAUCUCACCUCUGGUGGAAGAAUGCCGAGAGGACGGUCUGCAGAGAUUGGGCCUAAUCACCUCCCCUGCUAAGACCACAAAAAUUGACUUGAGUGAAACCAUGAUGGAUCCAGCUUCCAUGAUGACUGGGGGUUUCGUUGACCUUCGGGAGCAGAGUAAACACGUGGAGGAUUCGAUCUGGGAGGACGUGAAGGACAGUAUUGAUAUGGUGAAUUCUAAAGACAAUUCGAACUCUCCCAACGAUCCCAUAGUGAUUAAACAAGAAGACUCGGAACUAUCAUAUAAACCAGCUUGCCAGUUUCAAAAUUCUAGAAUCCCCUCUUUUGAGAACAUUUCAGUGAAAAUCGAGCCGUCAACUUCUAGUUGUCUUUUGGCGGGCUCCAAUUCUGCCGAGAGUUUGACAUCAAGACCCAAAUCUCUCUCCGUCUCCCAGCAACAACUGAUGUUUUCUCAGUCCCCAUCUCCUGUUGCCCACUACAUGGCGCAAUUGAAUAGCAUAGCUAUGAACAAAUCCAGCAUGACGUCACCGACGUUUUCGACGGCAACGCCUCCUCACAUGGUUCCAGUAUUCCUUCCACCGACUCCACCCAGUUCAGAACCCAACAGUCCUAGUCAAGAUGUCCCAAUGAGGCGCACUCCCCCUCCCCCCUACCCAGGGGUUCACCAGGGUUACAACACACUUAGCAUCCAGCCCAUUCCAUACACCCCUUCACCCCCGAGGGCAUCGAACAAAGUCCAGAGGACUCACCCAGGGUGCUCAACAAUCAAAUACAACAGAAAAAACAACCCGGACCUAGAGAAAAGACGUAUCCACUUUUGCGAUUUCCCAGGUUGUAGAAAAGCAUACACGAAAAGCUCGCAUCUGAAAGCUCACCAGAGAAUUCAUACAGGUGAAAAACCAUACAAAUGUCAUUUCCAGAGCUGUCAAUGGCGCUUUGCGAGAUCUGAUGAGCUCACGCGCCACAUACGAAAACACACGGGAGCCAAGCCUUUCAAGUGCAAGGUUUGCGACCGCUGUUUCGCCCGCUCUGACCAUCUUGCUCUUCACAUGAAACGUCACGAGCCCAAAUCCAAGUGAACACUCUUCUCUCUCCAUCCACCCGGAGAACGAUUUUGGUGAUGACCCAUCUUUGCUUUUUUGGAGCCACUUUGGGUGCGCAUUUUGAUCGACACUGCCUUUGAGUUUACUUCUGGACUUUGCCAUUUAACUUUUUUUUCUAUGGCAGCCAGAGAGUUGUUGGAAUGAGACUGGUCCUUUUUAGACACGCCAGAUGUCUAGAGUUGUGUUGUCAGGACAUUGUUCUGAGCGACAGAAGGCUAAUUGUAGAUGGCAUAUAGACUUGUAAAGAGGCAGCUACUCGAUUAUUAGGGGCGAACUGGUGCAGACGGAGACACAUUUGCCGUGGAAAAACUUUAAACAUAAAAGUUGUUGUUAUCAAUGUUAUUUUUGUUAACAUAAUGAAGUUAUAAUUCUGUUAUAGUCAUUUGUUAUUGUUUCUACAAAAUAUCAAUCCAAUUACGCACUACAUUCUACCGUAUGUUUUUGCUGGCGUUGACGUAUUUGGACCGUAGCCAAUCAGUGCAACGAAGCAUGAAUAACAUUCUACGAAAGAAGCAUAAACAGCUUUAAGUGAAAUGAGAAAUAUGUAUUGCUUUCAGACACAAAUACACAAAUGACUAGUUGAGAAUCCCCCCUUUUCUGCUUGUACCAGCCAUGUUUCCAUAUUUUUGUUGAAUCUGUAGAAAUUCCAUUUCCAAGCAUACGGGUCCCAGACCAGUCUAUAUAUAUAUAUAUAUGUAUAAUCGCUUUGUGCAGACGCCUGCAAGUUGUUUUUUCUUGUGAAAUAGCCGUUAUUUCUUGGUUGUUGUGAUAUUUCUCUUUCGCCAUUUUGUGUUAUACAUAUAAAAUGUGUAUGUCAUGUUUCUGCGCUCAAAAACUUGAGAACUAGUUUUUAUGAAAAUAUUUUUUAUUUGUAUGAUUAAUGUAUUAUUUCAAAGUUUUCAAUAGUUUAUUUCAUGAAUAAAUAUUGGAAAAAACGUA